CUGCGCGGCGCCGGCUUCCGUGUCCGCGGCCGAGUGCGCAGCCCGCGCGCGGGCCUGAGACACUUACCAAGACUUACCAUGGAAAAGUCCUGGAUGCUGUGGAGCUUUGUGGAGAGGUGGCUGAGGGCCUUGGCGUCCUGGUCCUGGGCCCUCUGCCGCAUCUCCCUCUUGCCUUUGAUAGUGACGUUUCACCUGUACGGGGGCGUCGUCUCGCUGCUGCUGGUGUUGGUGUCGAUCGCGGGCACGCUGUACAAGUUCCAGGACGUGCUGCUCUACUUCCCGGAGCAGCCGCCGUCCUCGCGCCUCUACGUGCCCAUGCCCACCGGCAUCCCCCACGAGAACGUGUUCGUCAGAACCAAGGAUGGGGUGCGGCUGAAUCUCAUUUUGAUACGGUACACUGGAGACAACGCGCCCUAUUCCCCAACUAUAAUCUAUUUCCACGGGAACGCGGGCAACGUCGGGCACAGGCUGCCCAACGCCCUGCUUAUGCUGGUGAACCUCAAGGUCAACCUCCUGCUGGUGGAUUACCGGGGCUACGGGAAGAGCGAGGGCGAGGCAAGCGAGGAGGGCCUCUACCUGGACUCGGAGGCCGUGCUGGACUAUGUCAUGGCCAGACCCGACCUCGACAAGACGAAGGUCUUCCUCUUCGGCCGCUCCCUGGGCGGCGCGGUGGCGAUUCACCUGGCUUCCGAAAACGCACACCGGAUCUCCGCCAUCAUGGUGGAGAACACGUUUCUGAGCAUCCCGCUCAUGGCCAGCACUUUGUUUCCCUUCUUGCCAGUGCAUUACCUGCCUUUGUGGUGCUACAAAAACAAGUUUCUGUCCUACAGAAAAGUCUCCCAGUGCAGAAUGCCUUCUCUCUUCAUCUCUGGGCUCUCGGACCAGCUCAUCCCCCCGGUGAUGAUGAAGCAGCUGUACGAACUCUCCCCGGCUCGGACUAAGAGAUUGGCCAUUUUCCCCGACGGAACGCACAACGACACGUGGCAGUGCCAGGGUUACUUCGCUGCCCUGGAACAGUUCAUCAAAGAAGUCAUCAAGAGCCACUCUCCCGAGGAGAUGGCGAAGACUUCGUCUAACGUAACGAUUAUCUAAUGUCUCCUUCGCCGCGGAUGCGCUGUGUUUCAGUUUGUGCGGAGUGACAAAGAAUGUUCCUUUCUCCAGGCCUAGUUCAUCUGUACCUGGCCGAGGAGUGACGUCAGACUUUGAAAGGACGUCUGUGCUCCCUUAAGAUGACCCAAAUAGUUUUUUACAUUUGGAGAACUCUGGUUCUUGGGAUUAUUUCAUACGUGUCCAUCGAACUCUUCCCUGUGGUGGUGUGUCCACAUCCUUAGUUCAGUGCGCCAGCAUAUCGCAUCUUCACGAGUUUCUUGUUGCUAGAGUGGUUUAAUCUGUGUGACACGUGAUCGUGGCUGGGUGUGGAAGGAGCCAUGGAGACAAGAAACCUUUGCUUUGGGGUGUGUUCCUUAGUGAAUAUUAGGACAAUCAUGGUAAGCAACUUAAUUGUGUAACUGCAUUUUUUUCACCUUAAAAGUUAAAAUGAAAUGCAUGAUGGUAUUUUACAUUCCUUGAAAUUAUGCAAUGCAGUGUUUCUAAUGUAAAUAGCACUGGUUAUUUACCAAUGUAUCCGGUAACCUGGGUUCUAUAUUUUUAUGUAAACUCUAUUUUGUUGUUGGCGAGAAGUGAAAUGGAGCGCUGUGUGCAGGUUGCCAUUGAAUUUUGCUCUGGUGAAGCUGAGACCCAGCUUUUUCUUACAAAUAAAGGGGACACAUUUUCCAAUAAAUUUGCCGUGUUUUGUCAGAUACAGUCUGGAUCAUGGCAUGUGAAAACGAGAAAAAAAAAAGAAAUUUGGAAUUUUAUUGCAGCUCUCAUGUACAGAGGGGAACUUUUUAACAUUUGUAAUUUGGGGGCAAAGAGAAUUUUCGUUUCAAUCAAUUUUGUAAGUCUGCAGCUGACCCCCGAAUAGCAGGCAGAGUGAACCUUAGAAUUUCUUUGGGGAUUGAAAUUCGGAAGCCUGUCGCUACAGGACUGUACGUACUGUUUUACAAAAAUUCCCACACUUGAUGUUAAGUCCCAGUUUCUAGGUAUAUUUAGCUCACUAAAGCCACGAUGCCAUUAAUCGGGCUUUCUGAAAAUAAAGGUUAGCAAAAGCAAAAGGAGCUGCGUUCCUUGGUUUAGUGCUUUAGUUGCUAGGAAAUAAAACUGCAGCAAAAGGCAGCUUUGUAGGAAAUCUUACUUCUGUUCCCCUGUGGGGGUGGGAGUGGAACCUUCAGCUUUUUAGCACAGAAGCUACCACUGCAAGUGGCUGGAGCAUGAAGCCAGGGUUAGCCUUAGAAAAGCAGGGGAGCUCUUACUCCAAACACAGACCCCUGGCAGCUUAGCAGGAGCGCCCGGCGCGUGAAGGUGCCCGGUGCUGACCUCACCCGUGGGCCGGAGGGGCCGGCCGGGCGGCAGCUUGGCCCACGCCGCACCUCACGGCCCGUGGAGAGGCCUGGAAGCGCCUCUGCCAGGUAACGCUGUUGACAUUCUCUCUCUGACGGCACUGAAAACAAGAAAUUAUCGUGGGCAUAACUUCCAAAGGAUAGUGUUUUUCUAUAAAUCGUUAAAAAAAAAAAAAAAAAAAAGCCAUUUCUUGAAAGGAGCCUGUCUCCCGGUCCCUGAGGAUGCCCGAGAGGACACCCCCGGCCCACGGCGCAGUUCCGCUCCCCGGGACCCCAAGCAGGCAUGGACUGAAGAGAGAAAGCCAGUCCGGCAAAGUGCAGCGAGGCCCCGCGGCACCCAAGACCCAUGGUGUCGGCUGAGCCUGGGCCUGGGGGAGCCCCGACUCCGUGCGACUCGCGCUGCUCUGCCUGGGGCUCUGGCCUCCAUCCUGCCGCCCGCGCUGCUCUGCCUGGAGCUCUGGCCUCCGCCCUCUGCUUCGGGCUGGGCCCUGGGGCGUGCGUCCCUGCACCCUCUCCCAGCCGGAGCACCUUCUGCAGAGGCCGCGGGGUACCCCUGCCUUCCAGCUGCCCAGGGGGGCUGUCCCGCACGGCGGAGCAGGAAACGUAGGCACGCCCCCUCAAAGCCGUGGCAGCGUGGCAGAAGCUGCCACUUUCAUGGCCAAAGCCUCGGUCUGGAUAAAGCGCGAAAUCCCCGCGCAUCCCCGGCCAUUCGGGGCCCUCCGCGGGAGUGGGGCACGUCCACCUUCUGGUGGUUCUGGCUCACUUGCACGAGCAGCUGUGGAAGAUCAUGGAUGGAUUUCAGGGGAUGACGCUGCUGUGAAUUUGGAAUCCUCGGAUGCCGUCACAUGUGGCGAGGUGCAGUCAUUUAGCUCCGAAGGGGUCGCCAGGGGAGAUGGCACAAAGGACCCCAGCAAAGGGCACUGGGAGACGGGACAAAAUAAAUCAUGUGUAAGGAUCAAAGAAUUCUUGUAAGACAGAAGCGCCCAGAGGACCGGGACACAGUUCCUGUGCAGACAGUGUUUCUGGGGCCUGGCUGGCUGGUGAGAGUCAAAGGCAGGGCAACCCCAGCCAACCCCCCCCCCCCCGAAGCUCGUAGGGUGGCCGCUCCCCAUGGUUUGCAAACAUCUCCACUGUAAAAUAGCUAUUUUCAUGAAAAUGGUUUUCUCAAUUUUCUUACGGGGCCGCUUAAAUUGGUGUUUUUGUGAGGAGUGGUGGAUUCUUACCAUCGCACGAGUUCCAGCUGUGGUGACAUGUCCCCGGGCCAGUGGGAAUUACAUUGUUUUCCUUCUUGCUGAGCGUCCAGCCGCCGAUGCGCUCACACUCCUGUCUCGUGUCUUGAGGUCUGCUGGGAGGCGGGAGCAGGCUCGGCCGCUGGCGCUGACUAGCCAAGGCCAAGCGCAUUCUCUAGGAAGUGGGAGUCCCGCAGCUCGGCAGAAGCGUGGCGUGUCCGUGCGUCCUUCCUCCCCGAGGUUCCGCGGAUCCGAGCUACACUUCUGGAAAGGAUACCCUGGAAGUUGCUUUUAAGUCAGAUCGCGGUUGAGAUGACGUCCUCACCGGCCCUCCCGCUCCCCUUUUCCCAUUACGUUGAACAGCAUUUGUGGGGGAAAAAACUGUGAAAAAAAUUAGUCGUGACACUUUCAGAUGAUUCUCUCUCUGUAUUUUCAUAUCACUCAGGUAAAGCUGGAUAAUGCUAGAGCACAGACAUCUAUUUUUUAAAUGACUAGACGAGAAAUGAGAAGCACUUCUGUUUAUAUUACCACAUAUGCAUAUUUAUCUUAGCUAAUCAGAAAUAAUAUAUUCGUUUGUACGCAAAUAAAUGCAUUCAUCCUAAUAGUAGUCAACACAUUUUGCCAAGUGGCACAAAUAUACCUCCAUUUAUAUUUUGUAUCUUAAAAAUGUAAUUUAAAAAUAGAACUAUGUACAAGAGACACUUUUUUACAUAAAGUGCCAGAGACGCACAUGCGACAGGGUGAGUGUGUGCAUUUUAACAUAACUUCUAACACUUCCUGCCAGUACAGCAUAUCGUUCAAAUUCAAGUUGUUUUCAACAUAUUUAAGUAUGUUCAGGACGAAAUAAGUUAUUCCAAUUUCAUAAUGUAAGCCAUUUUUGUUAUUUACCAUACUUCAUUUGAAGCAGGAAUAAAAUUUUAUAACUUAAAUUUGAAGGUUAGGUUCUGGCUCACCAUGGCAAGCAAACAUCUGCAUUUGUUUUUUUACAAUGAAUUUUCUUUUAAAUUAUACUUUCUAUUUUUCUGUACUGACAUAUGCAAUAAAUUGAUACA